AGCAGCAGCAGCAACUCCUCGUGAUGACGGAUCUGGUGGCUUUCCACUGUGCCAGCUGUGGGAUGGGAUUCCGCUCCAGGCGGCUGCUAGAGAAGCACAUGGAAAAAUUCUGCAUUGGAGAGGAGACUGCAUCUGAUGCCAGAUACCGAAACAGGCAUGCCCUCUGUAAGGGGAAAGAACCUAAGAAAGCAGAGACUCCGGACAGCAUGCAUCAUCAGCUACAAGCACCAAAAACAAAGAAGCAUCACUGGGAUGGGGAAUAUGAGGAACAAGCACACCACUCCAGAAGCUUUGAUCAUAAAGGAAGUGUUUCAAACAGCCAGGCCUUGAAGAAACUGACUGAAGAGUUCCACAAACUGAGGAUGUCACUGGAAGACACACUUCCUACAUUCAGGACAUUCCAGGCAGAGGAUAACGACAGACACCAGCGGGAAUACUGGCAGCGCCAACAGCAAAUGGCAGAAGUACACGAGCGCCAUUUGGCAGAUAUCCAGGCUAGAAACCAGUACCUGGAGCAGCAGAAGGAUGAGAUCCAUAGGCGCCUGUCCGAACUGAAACUAGGGAACUCAGCUACAUCUCAUAUUGAACAGCUGCUGGUGGAGUUGACUACCCAGGAGGGAAAAAACCAACUGGCUUUGGAUGCUCUGCGGAAACAGGUGGAACUCCUACAGGUAUCAGCAGAGACCAGAAGCAAACCUAAAUCUCCCACCAACAAACAGACAGACAGUGCUGAGGGCAACAUAGAGAAGAAGGUCUUCAAGUCUAUGUCAUUUCCAGCAGCAGUUGGACCCCUCUCUUCAGAGAUACAGGCCCUUUACCUGGCUUAUUUGCAGGGGGGAGGCAGUGACCAUAACAUCCUCCGUCAGAUGUAUGAGCUGCAGGUGGAGGCCAUAGCCCUGGAGAAAGUAGGAGCAAGGCCUGAGCACAAGGGCAGAAAGAAGAAACAUGAAGGUAGCCCGAACUCCUACCCACGGGGUUUGGAUGCUGAGCUCCUGUCUGUUGAGCUGGAGAAUCAGAGGCUGGAAGAUGAGAUAUUAAAGUUGAAGAUCCUGAAGGACAGAAAGAAAACAGAAGAUGGGUCUUCAGGCACAGAGCUGGCGCAACUGCAGCGGUUACACAUGGCAGAGAUGGCUCAGCUCCAUGCAGAGAUUGGCAGCCUGAGACAUGACACCGAGAGGAUGAAGCUACGACAUCCCAAGAGGGGGUCACCACUACCCCGGCUGCCACCUCCUAUAGCUCCACCCCUGCCACCUCCUCCCCCUCAGCAUCUUAUUGGAUUGCCUGACCCUACCUUUCCAGCUAGUAACAUGGACUCCAUGAGAGCAUCUGCCACAGCUAUGAGCCGGUACUUCCUGGACCCUUCUGAUGCCCUAGGACCAGCUCCAUAUGAUCCAGCGUCUGGCUUUGUGAUAUUCUAUGAUUUUCUUUUGGGCCUGGAUCCCACAUUCUAUCAAGUCUGCCUGGUCUCUGGCCUGUUCCGCAAUGGGCAAGAGUUGGGCAAGCCCACCCCACUGCCCGUUGUCUCCUCUGAUAUGGGUCAAUACCCACAGUAUGUGACUGAUGGGCAAAGAGGGUGCUGCGCCAUCUUAGCAGCUAGGCAACCAGUCCCAAGGGUCCUUCCUUCGACCACCAUCACCCUCAUAACCGAGCUUCAAGCAUCUGGAGGCUUUGAUGCUUAUGGGCUGGAGAUCCAGAAUUUGGCCCCCAGGGGGUGGGCCAAAAUCAACAUCUUUGACCAUCUACAUCAAGUGAUGUGUGGACGCUGGAAGAUCCCCAUCCGAGUGCUUCCUAUGAAGCCAAGCCUUACUCCAGAACAGUUGAAUGGUGUGCCCCAGGUGGGCAAAGCAGAGCUGUACUUGCGACUAGUGAAUGCAAGAGAUGCUGACAUGCAGUCAAUGGCAGAGAUUCAUCCAGGCAAUGCCUCCUUGUACAAAUACCCUCCUACAGUGCCCAGUCGCACAGCACCCCCUACAGACUUCGCUCCAGCCCAGCGCUCUUCCCACCCUGCCCCCACCAGCCUGUUCUUCUCUGUCCCUCCUUACACUGGCUUUGUUGACUCUCCUCCUGAUCAGGAACAGCCUCUCCAAUACAAACCCAAUAAAAGGUGAGAAAGGAGGAAGACCAUCCCUUUCUCCUUUCAGGAUUAGGCUUUCU